UCAUAACCUAAAAUGUCGGAAACCUCACAUCCAUCUCGCGAUCCAAAAAAUCUCAGCGAACCAUUCGCAGUCAUCGAAUUUCUCGAGAAAAACGAAAAAGGGCUACCAUGCAUUGAUUUGGUGCCGAAAAAAUGGUUUAAUAGUGCAGAAGAAGACACCUGUAAAUUCCCACCGACAACUGAAUAUCAUCUACUUGACGACUACUUGGAAAAAUUGCACUCGCCCAAGGACUCUUGGCAAAGUUAUCCAUUUUGCUUCAUCACCGGAGCAGCUGAUUUGGAUCAGGGUCGCAGAAGAUUAAAAAAGGCCCAAGUAACUCUCAACUGUGAGACAACCGAUGGUGAAAAUGAUCGAAAGGGGGGGAGGUCCGAAACUUCCUCGAAAGCAAAAAUUUCAGCAAAACCCUUAACUGCAUCAAAGUCUCAACUAAACAACAUCUUUAGUACUAAAAUCCCGAUUCCACCUAGAAAUCAAACUCCAAAGUCUGGUAUACAAGCAAAACCAAAGACAAGAUUUCAAAGCAUUUACCAGAGUGGAUCUGACUCUGAAGACGAAAAUCAUGAUUGUCUUAUAGCUAAUCCUGAGGAGAUUCGAGCCUCAAAGGCUCAAAAUAAUUCUGGCUUUUUGCAAAUGUCGAGUAAAUCGCGAUCUGUACCAACAGGUGCAUGUUUAUCAUUUAAACAGCGGUCAAGGAAGAAUAUUACUUUGCUUAAAGACGUCGAAACUGAUGAAUCUGAGAGCAAUGAUUCCUCCGAUGGAAUUCUGCAGUCACCUACAAAAUCGAUGGACUCAGCGAGAAAUACAAGAAAAGAACUUCAUUUGACACCUCCUUCACCACUAGUCCAUAACGCUUCAGGUAACCGAAAAAGGCGUGCAUCGUCUACUACACGCGCUGAAGACGGAUUGAAUUCGAUUGUGAGCCCAGGAACUCCAAAAACUUCACGAUCAAUGAUGGUACACCCUGCUAAGAUGCCAAAAAUGCUGGGACCACAAAACCAGUUGUCAUCUAGUCAUUAUGCUGAUAAUGAACGUCGAAUCCUGAACUCCCUUCGAGAUUACUUUGAUCAGCAAUUAGAUGAAAAGCUCGAAAAUUUAAGACGCAGGAUGGCUUACGAUUUAAAGCAGUCUAUGAAUGAGCUCAAGACCACAAUCAUUGGCACUAAUCUAGCCCCAGCUUCUGGUCCUAGCUUGCUUGAAAUACAGAAGCAGAUGUCUACGCCACUACCAUUUGAAAUGGAUGAUAAGUUCCAGGAAUACGAAGCGAUAUUGACAACGGACCCAAAUCUCGUAGAAACACUGCGAUUAUUCAUGAGAGUUUUGAUAAGCAAUAAAAAAGAGAUGAAAAUAUGUGUUUCCACUAUCCUAUCUGCGGUUCUGAGGAAGACAGUGUCACUGCACUAUUCUGGUUACGGAAAGGAAGCUGGCGGAAAGAAAAAGAAAAAUUUUUAUAACACUACAGUAUGCAAAGUGCUGAUUGAUGUGAUAAUUGAGGUAAUAGGAUCCAGCACUGAUGAGAAGAAGAUAAUGUCAGAAGUAAGUACUUGGUUGUCACGUUCUGGCGAUCGAGAGGGUGGGGGUAAGGAACGACAACGCGGGUCAAGUCAUCAUAACGAGAAUAAUUCAGUUUGUUCCUUUGAUACCAAUCGAUAAUACUUCAUUUUUCCGGGAUAAAUGGAAUUGUAAAAUCACUGUGUUAAUAUGACUCCAUUAAUUCAUUUUCGUAAUUGUAUUAGUUGUGAUAUUCUUGAUAAAAGGUACGAUUAAUAGGAAAAGUUUAUAUUAUCAAUAUAUUUUUAUCGCGAGGCGUUUCAUUGGGCAGAAUAUAUAUUAAUAUAUGAAUAUUGUUUAGUAUUCGGCUGUCAUUGAAGUAUUAAUUAUAUUUAUUAUAUUUCUCCUGGCGAGGUCGGAAAUCCAGAAGAUGGAAAUAACAAUUGGAAAAUGUGAUGUAUCUUAGCAUAAUAAAGUAUUUUCUAUGUCAUUUCCUCAUAAGUUAGAUCACGGGAAUAAAUAUCCGUUGUUGGUUCAGGGAUUAAAUAUUAUGUCCAAAAGUUUAAAGGGAAAAAUAAUAAGUGGAUUUUUAAUUUUUAAGAAAAAUUCUAAUGAAAGUAAUUUCAGCCAUUGAGAGCUGUUUUCAGUAUUUGGUGAUUCAAGUCAAAUAAUAUUUAUAAGGUUGAAGUUUCACAAUCGGACUGCGUCCAUAUUCCCCAAAGAUUUCAAAUUUAAGGGUUGAAAUUAAUUAGUUAUAUGUAAUCCUAUCCAAGACUUUUUUAUAUUUCUAAGUUUGUUUGAAAGAGUGAAUAUAAUAAGCAAUAUUAUAUAGAACUAGCACACAAUCAAUGCAACUAAAUAUCAUUCUAUGUUCCGGAGUUGCAGAUGGAGAAGACAUUAUUGUAAAAAAAGGACGUCUUUCCGAGAUGAAAAAAUAAUUCUUAUCAGGAUAAUUCGUAUCAGCAAUUGUCUAUGGAUAUAAGAAUUAAUUCUUAUCAUCCAUAGCGGAAUAAAUUAUCCAUAAUAUUGCUAUUAUAAUGACUGUUUUCAUGCUUGAAUUGAAGCACGAUAAUUUAUCAAUUCUAAACUACUAAUUUAAAAAAUAACAUUGGUGCGUUAUUUUGUUGGAUAUUUUGUUAAUACAAUCUUCGAAUUCUGAAGACUGACUGCUAAUAUUAUUAGAUUGUAAGAGAGAGUUUAUUAAGACUUAAUAUGGUAUGUCGUAUUAAAUUUCGGAUUCAAAUGAUCUACGUAGAUUAUUUAUUUUAAAAGCGGAUGAAAAUAAUCCACAAAAGAUUUUUCUACAAUUUAUACCUGCAAUCAUUUUUUUGAGUUUUCAUAUUCUGUUCGCGGAAAAAUCUCAUAGUUGUGAUUAUCUUUCAUGAAAAUUGGAGAUACAAACACUGCAUAUCUUUAACUGUUCAACCAAAAUCGGAUGAAAACAUGUACUAUGUCGAUAGGAGGAAAAAAGUUUUUGAUUGGCUGAGUUUUUUUGUCAAUAGAUUUAAUAAAUUUAAAUAUAAGUUUUGUCACAUAAUAAAACUGUUUUCUGUAUAAUGUUGAAGGUAAUAAAUACAUGUCUGCUUAUCA